UUGGGACAGAAAUUUGUAUACUAUAAUGAGGUGUGUCUUAAUUCCUUUCAACUUCACGGGCGUAUCGAGGGGUUUUGAGGAGCUGACAUGGCUUAGAGCGUGCCCGCUUAGAGAUACUUAGAGCGUGUCCGCAAAUACUUGUCCGCAAAUUUCAGAUAAAUAAAUUAAAAAAUUAAUUAAUUAUAGAGAAACUACCAAAAAAUCUUUUAAAAAAUUUUCAAAAUCCAAACAAAAAAUUAUGUCAAUUCCAAAAACUAUUUUAAAUAUUUUAGUUUUUGUUGUCAUAGUUUUAAAUCUUGUUGAUUGUAUGAGGAACAAAGGAAAAACGCCUGAGGAAGUACCAAGUUUACCGAACAAGCCUUCUUCGAAAAAAUUUCUGAAUUUAGGAGGUCCAGGGAAAGACAAACAACAGUCAGGGCUUAAAAUUGAAGUGCCUGAAGAAGUACAAGUACCCCUUCUGCAGAAUAAACCUUCGAAAAAAUUUCUGAGAAAGACUCAGUCAAGUAUAGCAGAAGGCAAACAACAAAUGUUAAGCCCUAAAAGUCAUCCUCUUUAUCGAACAAAAUCGGAACCACAGUCUUCCGGCUACACGUCCUUAAACUCUCCCGGCUCUCCUCUAAAUAAAUCUCCCUUAAAGAGACAUGCCAGCGAAAGUUCAACACGUAUUGGAUAUUUAACUACAACAUGUGGUGAUUGUAUUGACGGUGUUGUAAAUUGUAUUGAAACUUGUAAAGGAACUGGAAAACCGGAAGGUUAUACAAGUGAGGAUCCGGAAGUAAUAGAUGCUAGGCUUCGUGAGAUAAAAGAAAACGAGAACGUUCAGAUCUUAUUUUAAAAAUUGUGAAGAAUGUUUGAGGAGGGAGGGAGGGAAAUGAGAGAGAUGAGAGAGAGGGAGAUGAAAGAGAGGGAUGAGAGACACAACCUUUAUCUGUCUUUUUUUUAAAUUUUUCUUUAAAAUUUUUUUUCUGGAUUUUUAAAAGAUUUUCUAUUGAAGAAUGUCAUUAUACGAUAUGUUAUCGUUAGUUUUCUAAAGUAAAGAUUUUUUAGUUUGAAUAUUGUUGGAUCCAGAACAAAAUUGUUUCACCCUCAAUUAACUCUCCCUCAACUGCCCUGGAAUUUUGAAACUUAAAUAAUUUCCCUUCACGGAAAAAAAAUAAUUUAAUUACCCCCUGUAAAAAUGUGUACAACGGCGUUUCAGUCCCGAGGGCUAUUUUGGACCACCUGUAU